AUGGCGUUCGAAGCCGCAUGGGACGAGAUCGAGAGCAACUCCUGCCAUCUCAUCAGCUGCUGUUGCCUCGGCGUGUCCGCUACCCGCUGUUGUGAUCCAUGCAUGAUGCAGAAGCACAAGUUCUGCUGCUGCGCGGGCGGGAUUUCUUCUGGAGAAGACUGCGUGGGCGAGAAGGGCUGCCUCGUGGGCAUCCACAAGACGUUUUGCUGCGUGCAGACAGCUUCGUGCAACAACCUGGCCUGUGGAUGCUGUGAUAUCUUCAUCUUGGGCCGCCCCUAUGGCGAAGGUCGUGUCAUGGACCAGGAGUCCAAUUUCAUGCAAGACGCGCGAUGGUGCUACUACUGCUUGUUCACAGGCUGCGCCCUCGCUCCUGCCAGCCCGGAGCCUUCAAAUGUUAGCCACGCUCUGUCCAUCUGUGGCGUAGGUUCUGCUGGAGUGACGUCAAGUUCCUCUGCACGGAGGAGAAGAGCACCACAGCGCACUGCUACACCAGCGAGGGCUGCUGCCACGGGCACGGCAAGACCCUGUGCUGCAUGCACCGGGGCCAAUUUCCAGGCACACGGCGGAUCGGCUUCGGCCUCUGUGGCUGCGCCGUGUGCCAUGAAGCACCUUCCAGCCGUGUUGCUCUGGCAGCCCCGGGUCAGACACGCAUGUGAGGCCAGCCCAUUUGCUGCUGGCAUUGCUUUCGGCUGGACGGCCGGUGUGAGCCCUGCGUCCCGUCAAGGGGCGGUCCCCAGCACGAACAUUAUCCGUGCCCAUGCUUCGUGA